AACGCAGUGAAAAUGUUAAACAUAAUUUUUAGUGUGCAACUUCUUGCUACGAUAAUCAUAACCUAUUCUCAAUUCAUACUUGGAUUCUAUUCACAUUUGAAGUGGUAUGAUAGUUUGUUCAAAUAUUUCGAUAAACAGCCGUAUAAUUUCGGUAUGAUAUUCUUAAUAACUGCCCUUAUUAUAAAAAUGGUGUUACUUGUGUGGGCUUGCGAGACCGGCAAGAAUCAGGCUCAAGAAAUCCGUACCACGAUUCAUGAUGUACUUAACAUCAGCAGAAAUGAGCAAAUAAAAAAUGAGUUGCAGUUAUUUUCUUUGCAAACAUUGCAUUGCAAAAAUACAUUUUCUGCCAAAGGUCUUAAUGUAGACGCAUCGUUUCUCGCUACAAUGGCGGGUACAAGCGCUACAUAUAUGUUAAUUUUGCUGCAAUUCUGGAUGAUUUCACAUUCUUGCGACGGAAAAUCUUCAAUCAAUAGUACAUGAAUAAUAUAAUUUUAUAUAUAAUCAAUUAUUAUUU